UUUCUUUCGUCGACUUCGUUGCUUUUUUCUCUGCUUAUGACCUGAUAUUUUUUUUGCCUGUUUCCUCUAUUCUUAGCUUAACGGUGACUGUUUUGCUGCUUUGAUAGCUCCUAUAAAGCUGCUUGUUUGAAUAGGUGAGCAAAACUAAACCACCCCGCAAUUCCCUUCCUUUGGGCUGGCUAUCUUUGUCUUGCUAUCAAGUAGCGCGCUUGGCGUGGACUUUGGUAGUUCAAAACGCCAUUUUGAUAGGCAUGACCACUGUCUUGUUAAUAAGCUGCUGACCAGGUCACAGUGCUAGAAGACAUCAUCGCCGGCUGCAGAUUGAUCCUGCUCCCCUGUCCGAUAUAAAUAUAUAACAGCCUAAUGUCCAAAGACCUUACAAUGUUGGCGUGGAUAUAGGAAACCUGGCCUUUUAUCCUUAGCUAACAAGCUGGACAAACCCAAAAAUUCACAAUAUCAAUACCAACAAGAGACAGGAUAGAAGGAGAGAAAGGGAUACAAGCGACGCUCUACGACUAAGCCUACGACUAAGCCUAGCAGUGAACAAGCUAUCCUGUCACUGUCCUGGCCAUCAGGACCUUGACUCAUUCGCCCGUCAGGGCGGAUGUCUUCCGACGAUGUCCCCCAAGCGCCACAAAACAAACCGUCUACCUCAUCCUUCGCCGACGUCUUCAAGACCCUCGCGGUAGGCCGUCCCAAGUCGCAGUCACCGGUUUUACAUGCGCAGAACGCGGGAGGCGCGUUGUCACCCGACAUGGAAGGCAGACGUGGCAGCCGAGUGACGUUCGGAUUCGAGGCCCUUCAUCGAGGCAGCGUGGCUGCGGGUGCGUCCGAUGCAUCGAACACGCCGAGUUUCGAUACGAUCCUUCAUAAUCUAGCGGCGGACCAGCCUCUCCAGAGUGCUGCUGACGAGGCCGAGAAGGCGGUGCGCUAUCUACACGGGUUCAGUGGUGACCAGGUUGUCACCCUCUGGGAGCAGGCUGCCUAUCUCAUCGAUCACCCAAGUUCAUCGGAAGCACGUACCUCAGGCGGCAUUCUGCUGGAAAAUGUCUCUGCCCGCCAGGAUCUGUCACUAGCCGGCCGCAAGUCCCUCUUUCGCUCUAUCUCUCAGCCCUCACAUCCGGAUGUCAUUGCUCGUCGAGUGAAGGCGCUUAUCUCCCUCUCAGAUUACGGGAGGAAGUUUGAUUUCACCGAUGAGCCCAUUCUACAAAUAAUUGCUGCAUGGAUUGUACCACUUUACGAACAAACCGCUGCUAUACGAUCGAAGAUUAAGCGGUCCAGAGGACAGAGACCCAGCGGUGCUACUCUCGAUGAGGCUAUCUUGGGCGAAUUGUUUCAACAUAUUGUCGAUGUCGUUACUCUACAACGCCACCCCCCUGGGCCGGAGGUCAUCGAACUCGUUCUCGACCAGAUAUUCACUGUUUGCAGAAAGACAAGUGCUGCCGUGGAUAUUAAAAAUUCCCUAGUUGUCUUCGAUGCCAUCAUCGCCACUUGUGGUGUCCCUGAUGAAAGCUUCAUUCCUUUACUCGAAGUCUUGUGCAGCAUUCACGCUUCGGUCAAGUCGUUAGCAGGCCCAACAUCAAGAGCCGUCCGAAGUCUUGCCAAGUCUAGCAAACAGUCAGAUAUGAUACAGAAUCUUCACACGUUUCUAAUGGAGACUACCGAACGGCCUGACAGGAACCUGAACGUCACACGCGGUGCUGUUGACAUUUUCCGUGAUUUACUGGUUGCAUAUGGUCAAGAUGGGAUGCCUACGAUUGACUUUGAGCCCCUCAUCGCCUCUCUGCACCAAGCUUCGCUUCGAAAGGACGGCCGUAUUGAUACAGACAUCCUAGAAGUCUGUCUUAACGCGUUACAGGGUGAAUUUUCACAGGUCGCCCUCCAACAUGACUGGUCAGAGUUUGUUAAUGUCAUGCUGGCUUGCUCAGAUCGAGCCAUCGACAAUAUCACCGCCCCUACCUCUCCCACUUCAAACUUCUCUCCCGCCCCCCUCCCAGCGGCAUCUACCCCUCCCUCUAAAGCCUCCUUGGCAGAUGACAUACGCUCCAACAUAAUCGCCAAUCUUACCCGCAUUUCAGCUUCUCUGGAAGCCCUUUGGCCGAAUUUGAGCAAGUCUCAAAAGCUCGAAGCAUGGCGUUUGUUGGCUGACACCCAUAAGCACCUUACCCAUUCUCAGGCAGAACUGGCUAUACGUCUAUUGGGAACCGAAAGACUGUGCCAUCCAUCUGCUUCAGAUGGUUGGAUCACUUACUCCUGGAAAUUGGUGCAAGAUUACAUUUUGGACCGGGAAAAGGCCCCCGAAACUCGCAUACUUGCUUUGGCAACUUUCAGAGAUGCAUAUUUCAGUGAAAAUGCUCCGGGAUUAUAUCUCAAGGAGGGUCUUGUAAGUGCCCUUACCAAGGAUUUUACCGAAGAAGAUUCGUACCUGUUUCUUCAGGAAUUGGUAGCUUUUCUGGUGGACGGGACUGCCAGCUCAGACGAAGAUACACUCAACCUCAUUGUCGAUACCCUAAGCCAGCCCAUGAAUGCGGAUGAAAAUACAGACGACAUGUCCCCUUCCGGGACCAAGCCGGUUCCGCACUAUGUUUUGGCCUCGGACACGCUUGCACCGUCUCUUAGUGACGCGACGACUUGGGGACUCAUCCGCAUCUUCCUAAAAGGGCUGGAGACCAAAUCUCAAGUCGUCCUGAAAGUAUACCAGAAAUUAAUAGACAUUGCGUUGUCGACGAGCCGGCCUUCUGAUUCCCGUCUCUCAGCCCUCCGACUACUUUUCCGGCUUCGAUGCGAUACCUCCGGCGUUGUGCACAUUGCAUCUUUCAUAGACAAUGGCCACUUGACUGCGAGCAUGCUGCGCACUGCUGAAUCAACUAAAUCGACCGCAAGUGAAGAGUCAUCUACAGAGCGCUCAAAAGAUAACGAUACAUCAUCCACUCCUAAUAGCAGAUCAUCUCUCAAAGACCAUUCCGUAACUCCGAUAGGAGGCCAUAGCCAUCGUGUUAUCUCUCGACGUCCAUCGCGAUGGGUUGCGCCAAUAUGGGCAUUUGAUGACCAGAGCAAGCUACCUGACAUGACGGUUCUCAAGCUAGGAAGCAAUGUUUACGCAUUUAAAGCACAAGGCAAGGAAGGAGAACAAAAGGGUGAAGAGCAAAAAGGCGAAGAGCAAAAAGGCCAAGAGCAAAAGGACCAAGAGCAAAAAAGUGACGAGCCAAACAACAAUGAUAAACAUAAUGCCACCAUCGUAUUGAAAGUUAACCUCUGGGCUGAGGCCAUUAUUGCUCUUCUCCAGCGCGAGAAAGACUGGGAUAUCUACAGCUAUGUUUCUGCUCACGUCAGUGCUCAACUUGCUAAUCGGGACUUUUUCCGUGCAGCGAUUCCCCAAAUUACGCUGCUUCGAAGUGUUUUGUGCGAGCAGAUUAAAAAUGAGAGCUUCCCUGAACCACUUGGAUGGACAGGAGUGAAAAAGAAGGAUAUUGCUAUCUGCCUACUGGAAGCUCUGACAAUGCUUAUCAGCUUCCAUGCGCACUUUGCAAAGGGCGAGCAGGACGAGCUCGUUCGCUCGUUUAUGUACGGAAUUGGAUCAUGGGAGGGUACGUCUCGUGGAUGUAUUCAUGCGCUGAGCGUGUGUUGUCACGAAAUCCCCUUGUCGGUAACAAAGUCAUUAAACGCUAUCCUUGACAAGAUGUCUAAGGUCAUUACCCGAUCCCACAUUGCGGUUCAUAUCCUUGAAUUCCUCGCUCUACUUGCCCGUUUGCCCGAAGUUUACGUCAAUCUCCGUGAUGAAGAGAUCCGGACUGUAUUUGACCUCGAGAGAACAACGAUACAAGAAUAG